CUGCUUUCUGGAAGGAACCUAAGCAUAACUCACUACCCUGAGAAAGAAUGUUUUCCGCACCCAGAAGUCUCCCUCUUGGCUCCACUUCCCAGUUAACGUUCUUUUAAAGGUAUUUACAUACAGGAACCCAAGGGUCAUAUGAGAAAAUGAAGCUUUAGCGCUGAACGUCGUCUUCAGCUGAGACGAAGCCCAAGUGGAGAAUAACUGUGAAGACAUGGAAGAAUAAGGAAACUGAGGCCAGAAUGCUGAUAUGAUUUCUCCAAUUCACUGCAUCCAGGAGUGUGCCAUCCAGGAAUUCAUCUUGACCCUCAGACCAAAGCUCAUUUUACUGCAGGAGAUUUGCUGUGAGUAGCAGGAGGCAGACAGACCAGAUGCAGGAAGAGCUUCUGGAAGCCAGAAAGAUUUCCAGGAGCCCAUCUCCUUCCAAAUCAUCCAGAUCUCAUCCUUUUACAACCGUUCCUGGGUACAAACUCUGGGUUCAGGUUGGUUGGGUGAGUUGCAGGUUCACGGGUGGAAGACCAACCCUGGCGGUAUCAUUUUCCUGUGGCCCUGGUCCAAGGGCAACUUCAGCAAUGAGGAAAUGAUGGAAUUGGAAAAUUUUUUUCGUGGCACCGUCACUGGAAUUCAUUGGGCAUUUCACAACCUUGCUAGUGAAUGGCAGCUUGCAUAUCCCUUUGAGGUACAGAUGGUAGGAGGCUGUGAGAUGCACUUUGGGAGAGGCUCAGUAGGCUUCCUACGGAUUGCUUAUCAAGGAUCAGAUUUCCUCAUCUUCCAGAACAAUUCAUGGUGGCCAUCUCCAACUGGUGGAAGCAGGGCUCAGCAUGCCUCCACACUAUUCAACGGGGAUAUAGUCAUCCUGGAAUCAAUAGACAGGCUCCUCAGUGACACCUGCCCACGUUUCCUGUUGGGUCUUCUUGAUGCAGGAAAGGCAUAUCUCGGGCGACAAGUAAAACCAGAGGCCUGGCUGUCCUCUGGUCCCAGCCCUCAUCCUGGCCAUCUGAUGCUGCUUUGUCAUGUCUCUGGCUUCUACCCAAAGCCUAUUUGGGUGAUGUGGAUGCUGGGUGACCAGGAGCAUCCAGGCACUCAGCAACGUGACAUCUUGCCCAAUGCUGAUGGGACAUGGUAUCUUCGGAAGUCCUUGGAUGUGAAAGCCAUUGAGACAGCUGGCCUGUCUUGCCGGGUGAGACACAGCAGUCUAGGAGGCCAGGACAUGAUCCUCUACUGGGAGCAUCACAUCUCCACGGGCUUAAUCUUCUUGGCAGUAAUAGUGGCCCUGGUGCUUCUGACAGGUCUUGCAUUUUGGCUUAGGAAGCGCUGGAUACGCCAUCAACUUCAAAGAACUCUUCUCCCUUUGGACUGAGAUCCCUGCAGCCCAGGACAUAUCUAAACCCAACAUGGUGAUGAAGUCCUUUCAACUCUUCUUGUACAACAUUUUUUGUUGUUGUUUAUUUUGCUUAAUGAUCCAUUGUGAAUACAAGCUAAAUUUAAUUUUACAGGAUUUGUUGUUCUGACUUGGAUUCUAGGAAUUUAAAACUCAAAUUAUAACUCUGAAUGGAUAAGGUCUUAGCAAACUCCACAUAUUCAAAUAUUAAUGAGUCAUCAAGUCUAUUUAAGAUGUCACUUCCUCCAGAGGGUCUUCUCUGACUUAUGAGUGGAAGCUGUCUCCACUUUGUCUGAACUCCCAGCGAAGUUGAACUGUACUUUGCCAAAUUUACUCCUUACUUCCUGCCCUUUGUUGCAGCUAUUUGGAAACUUUUUCCCCUUAUAAUUUUUAAACUUUUUGAGAGCAAGUCCACGUCUUUUUAAUAUGUGCAACCUUGCCAAAGAAUAUUACCUGCAUAUAAUAUAUGCACAAUAAAAAAAUCUAUGUUGAAUUUAUCCCAAAUUUAUGAUCUUUUCUUAUUCUCUUCUUUCCUGACAAGUUUGUAGUUGUUGAGACUUUUGGUGCUCUUGUUAAAGUCUCCUCACUUGGCCAAAAUCUUCACACUUUCCUAGUUCCUUAGUGACUUCUCUGAGUCCCUGAGGAGAAAUACAGUGUUGCCUCUGACUGUUCUUAUUAUUGAACUAUAGGGACAUAUUGGAGUGAAAAUAUUUCUCCAAAUAUUCUGAACAAAAUGAGGAAGGCAGGAUUUAGGCCCUUGCUAUUCAGUGUGGUUCAGGGACACGUAGCAGCGUUGUCAGCUGGGAACUUUUUAGAAAUAUAUUGUCUUGGAGCUCACCUCAGACCUACUGAAUCAUAAUUUGCAUUUAUCAACAUCAGCAGGGGAUUCAUAAGUUCAUUAAAUUUUGAGAAACACUGAUAUAGGUGAUGCCUGAGAGGUGGUAGUGCAAGAGUGUUACUGAAGAGAAAAGAAGAUGGUGAAGAAAAGAGAACAAGAGUUGAUCCUCAGGAUUGAAGUGAAAUCAAUGCAAGGAGACCACAUACAGUACAUUCUCGUUAUUCAUGGCUGUUGUGUUAAAGUCACUGGGAACACAGUGUUAGUGAAUAGGGAGCCAUCAUUCCUGUGAGAAAUACAGGGUUAUGUUCCUGUGAGCCUCUGGUCACAACAUUUGUGUCAACUGAUGAAUACAUAGCCUUAUUUUGUGUGUAUUUCUGUUUAAAGACAAUUUAUUUAAUAAAUAUGUAUUUCCAAAUAAUA